AAACGCCAUUUUGCUGUUGGACAGGUCCAUUGAAGAAGCGUCUAGAAUCAUCAUCAAGGUCGGCCAAGAUGGGACUUUCUUUCAGUAAUCUUUUAAGCAAAUUGUUUGGCAAGAAGGAAAUGAGAAUCCUGAUGGUGGGACUGGAUGCCGCUGGAAAGACCACCAUACUGUACAAGCUCAAACUGGGAGAGAUUGUCACAACAAUCCCCACCAUUGGUUUUAAUGUUGAGACGGUAGAGUACAAGAACAUCAGUUUCACGGUGUGGGAUGUGGGCGGUCAGGACAAGAUCAGACCACUCUGGAGGCAUUACUUCCAAAACACACAAGGCCUCAUCUUUGUAGUGGACAGUAACGACAGGGAACGAGUCGGGGAGGCAAAGGACGAGCUGAUGCGAAUGCUGUCUGAGGAUGAGCUGAGGGAUUGCGUGGUACUAGUGUUUGCUAACAAACAGGAUCUGCCCAAUGCCAUGAAUGCAGCAGAGAUCACAGACAAGCUGCAGCUGCAGACUCUCAACAGACGAAACUGGUAUAUCCAGGCCACAUGCGCCACCAGUGGAGAUGGUCUCUACGAGGGUCUCGACUGGCUUUCAAACCAGCUAAAGAACACAAAGUGAUUCAUCAUGUCACCUCGCUACUGUCAUCUCUGGGACUGUACUGGUCCUGGUCCCAUUCUUUAUGUUUUCCUCUCUUUCAUCUGAAGCGUUGGACCAGUUGGCCAGUGCUCCUCUGCAUCUGUUCACUGUAUGAGUGUUUGGAUUAGUAUUUUGGAUAGAUGAGUGUGUGUUGAGUGGAAGCAGUCCUGCUGUGCCUUGAACACAGUUAUGUCUCAAACACCUCAUCCCUCCACGAUCACAGUCCAAAGGGACUUUUCCCCACAGACUACAGGCUCAGACCAGUUCCUUUAGGUUUGGUUGAGUUGAGUGCGGACUGUGUGGGAUUUGUAGUCUUUUCGAGGGGUGAGGCCUUUUUAGAGGUGCUCCCACUCUGACUUUUUAUUUUAUUUUUUAUUACAGAUGGUCUUAUUUCUCUUGUAUUUAGAUCUUUGGGUUUUCGUCUGUUUUCUUUUUAUCAUGAUUUUUUAGUAUUCUUUCAUCGCCCGCAUGACCUGGUUAGUUACGCAUGACCUUAUGUGCAAGGUGUGCAGUCUUGACCUUGACUUUAAAUUGCUCCUGGGACCAAAUUAGUGAGAGUCAGAAAAGGGCUUCUUGUGUUUGCUUCAGUUCAUGAUCGCCCCCUUCACGUGAUUCCAGAGGAUAAACCUUUUCUUGAUCAAAAACUCAGCACUGCGAUACAUGGUACAAUUUAAUUACUCGUUUGCUCUGGACUAUCGAUACUGUAAAUGCUUCCUCAAUGCUUCAGGCUUUAUGGCGUUUUUCCUGCAUGUAGCCAGGACCAAGCUCCUGGAAGUUGACUAUGUUAAUUCCCUCUGAUGCCAUUUGCACAAUCUCAUAAGCUAGCACAACACAGGCUUAUGUGAAGACAGUGGAUUAGCCAUCAGCCAUAGCAAUGAACCCAUAGACAAUAAUAUGUCGCAUUGCUCUACACCAGCAGACCGCUAAAACAUGCAAGUAGGCAUGUUGCACCAGUUAACUUCACAGCAGAAUAUUUUUUCCACGCGUACUACGUCUCAAAGGCUCCAACCAGUAAUUAACUUUGAACUCUGCACACCCCUCACUUACAACAUUCAUUUCCAUUUUUUUUGUUUUUCUGUAAUUGGACGUUUCCGUUCUUUCCCUCCAUGAAUUAUUCUUUUGGGCUCUCCCCGGUAUGGUAUGAUAUGGUAUUUCCUUAACAUCUGCACGGUUCGUAGGAUAAGUGACAUGAUUUGAUAUACAGCAUCAAAUAUAAAUGUAUAUAUAAUUUUCAGUGAGAAAAUGUAUUCUAACUUGAAGUCAUCCUCAUACCCUUGUUCAAACGUGAAGCUUUAAUUUUCAACAUUGUUUCUGUACAAAUGACAAGGUAUGUGCAUAUGUAAUUCUUAAUUAUUCUUUAUGCUUUUUUAAUCUCAUCGUGUGACAUCUGAUAAAUGCACUAUAAUAAAGAGAUCUCUAUUGUACACGUCA